CACAACCCCGUCCCCGCCCCGUCCCCGUCCCCGUCCCCGUCCCCGUGCACCUGACCACUCCUCCCAAAGGUCACCCGUCCGUGGACAGCCAAAGCGAGCAAGCAGCUUUUCUGGGCCUCAUUCACGCUUGGCACCUUGAUUUGCCGAAGCAGGCGUGUCGGCGACCAUUGGCAACGCCUGAUGAUUUCCUAGAAUUGGAACACGAUAACGUCAAAUUCACACACCAGUGAUCACCAGCCACCAGUGAUCACCAGCCCGCAGUCGACAUCACAUCCAUCAGUAAUCACCGACAUCACAUCCAUCAGUAUUCACCGAAAUCACAUCCAUCAGCAAUCACCGACAUCACAUCCAUCAGCAAUCACCGCCCAUCGACGCCAUGCUGCUGCCUCUGCUCGCAGCAGCCGCCGUGCUGCUGCUCUCGCUAGGCUACAGCAAGCUGCGAUACAUUCGAUUCCGCCAGCAUGCCAACCUCAAACAACAUCCCUCCACGCUGCUCCUCGGCCACGUGAAGCUCUUUGGCGACUACAUCAAGCGCAACAAGCCCAGGGCGCACCCCGACAUGGCCAUCGUGGCCCUGCAUCGCGAUCUCGGCCGUCCUCCGCUCAUGUAUCUCGACAUGCGCCCCGUCGGCGACGCCAUGGUCGUGGUCGGGAACAGCGACAUCGCCGACCAGAUCACCAGGUCGUCCGACGCCUUCCCGACGAGUCCGCCCAAGUCGUCCCGUUCCCUGACGCGGCUGCUGUACGUGACGGGCCGGACAUCGAUCCUCGCCCAGCAUGGCGACGAGUGGAGACAGCUGCGCAAGCGAUUCAAUCUCGGCUUCGCACCGCAGUACAUCUCCACCUUCACGCCCGAGAUCCUGGACAAGGGCCUCAUAUUUCUCGACCGGCUCGACUCCCUCUGCAGCAGCGGCGACGCCUUUUCGCUCCUGGACCUGACGACGCGCCUCACCUUUGACAUCAUCGGCAAGGUGGUCAUGGAGGCCGACCUCGACGCGCAGCCCACCGGCAAGAACAAGAACAGCCAGGGCGAGCUCAUCGCGCUGUACGAGUCUCUGCUCAGCGCCUACAACGGCGACACGCUCAACCUGCCCUGGUGGCUCACCCUCGGCCGCGUGCGCAGGCGCGCCGCGCUGGCCGCCAAGAUCACCAGCCUGCUCCAGUCCAUCGUGCGCCGCAAGCAUGCCGAGCUGCAUGCCAGCCCCCCCAGCAAUGACGAAGAGGAAAAGAAAACGACAGCCGCCGCCCGCAGCGUCUUGUCGCUCAGCCUGCAAGACGUGCCCACGCUCACGCCGCGCAUCGUCGACGAGACGUGCGACCAGCUGCGCACGUUCCUGUUCGCCGGCCACGACACGACCAGCAUCUUGCUGUCGUGGGCAUUCUACGAGCUCUCUCGCACGCCGCGCGCGCUGUCUGCCGUGCGCGCCGAACUUGACGCCGUGUUCGGGCCGCUGGCCCCGUCUUCUCCGUCGUCGUCGUCAUCAUCGUCAUCAUCGUCAUCUCCUUCCGACGACACUCGAACAAUGCGCGCGCGCCUCCUGUCGCCAGAGAAGAAAGACGCGCUCGCCCAGCUGCCCUAUCUCGACGCCGUCAUCAAGGAGACGCUGCGCGUGCACCCGCCGGGCGGCACGGCGCGCGCCAUCCCGCGCGGGUCCAACUUCUCGGUCCGCCUGCCUGACAGCGGGGAGAGCGUGCUGCUAGACGGGCUGCUGGCGUACAACUGCCAGAGCAUCAUCCACGGCGACACGGCGGCGUUUGGCGCCGACGCCGACGCGUUCGUGCCCGAGCGCUGGCUGCCCGCCGACGACGCCCGGCGGCUAUCGGCCACGAAGCUGGACGCGAAACCGCCGCCGCCGUCGUCGCCGGGCGCGUGGCGGCCGUUUGAGCGCGGGCCUCGCAACUGCAUCGGCCAGGAGCUGGCCUAUAUCGAGGCGCGCGUCAUCAUCGCGCUGGCAGCGAGGCGCUAUGACUUUGUCAAGGUCGGCUUGGGUGCUGUGCUGGUUGGGGAUGAUGUUAACCACGACGGCGAGAAGAAGCCCGUGGUGGAUGAGGCGAAGGGGCAGCUUCGGGUUGGUGAGGAGGUGUAUCCGACAAGACAGGUGACGUCGAAGCCGGUCGACGGGAUGAUGAUGAGGAUCAAGCGAGCCGUCUCCUGAAACUCGGGCUGGUCGAAUAAAUAGAGUAAUACUGACGUACUUGAUAACCCAGCUGCUUUUCUCGGACCACGGCAGGUAUCUCUGGGGUAGUCUAAAAUGACCACUUCCUAGGAAGCAAGGGCGGGAGGGAUGGCUGAGCGUAAAGCCUAAGGUGGGGGGGAUUCUCCGGCUUCAGGCACGCAACCUGUCGAGGACGUGGAGGAUUGGGAUGAGGGUAAGGAUGGAGAAAUUUGUGGGAGCAGGAGUAAUAUCUUAGAUCAAUUGGAAUAGGCCCUGACGCCGGGAUCCGGAAGCCAGGGGGUAGACAGUCCUUACGGGAGUUCACAGUAUCAGCGGGUUGCAAUGAUCAAGGAUUAAAGAUUCACAGCUGUUCCUAUUUCUUUAAUAAAACGCACAGAGCAAGAUCAGCUUGACAUGUUCAGAGAAGGGAUAGUUUAGUCGUAUCAGUAAAGCGUUCCAUUCCACAGUAAUUAGCAUGUAAC